ACCGCCCGCGGGCCUGCUCGACGCCCGCCCGGCCGCCGGCACCAUGUGACCGCGCCGCCGCCCUCCGCGCGCCUGGCCGCCCGCCCGCCCGCCGCGCGCCCGCGGCCCGGCGCAGCCCCAGGCCGCCGAGGGACGGCGGGGCCGGCGCCAUGGCCGAGCGGGGCCGCCUCGGCCUCCCCGGCGCGCCCGGCGCGCUCAACACGCCCGUGCCCAUGAACCUGUUCGCCACCUGGGAGGUGGACGGCUCCAGUCCCAGCUGCGUGCCCAGGUUGUGCAGCCUGACACUGAAGAAGCUGGCCGUGCUCAGGGAGCUGGAGAAGGAGCUCAUGUCUGUGGUGAUUGCUGUUAAGAUGCAGGGCUCCAAACGGAUCCUGCGAUCUCAUGAGAUUGUGCUGCCCCCAAGUGGACAAGUGGAAACCGAUCUGGCCUUAACCUUCUCUCUGCAGUACCCCCACUUCCUGAAGAGAGAAGGCAACAAGCUCCAGAUCAUGCUGCAGCGCAGAAAGCGGUACAAGAACCGGACAAUCCUGGGCUACAAAACACUGGCCGCGGGUUCCAUCAACAUGGCUGAGGUGAUGCAGCACCCUUCUGAAGGCAGCCAGGUACUAAGCCUCUGCAGCAGCAUCAAGGAGGCCUCUGUCAAGGUGGCUGAGAUCUGGAUCGUCUCCCUGUCCAGCCAGCCCAUUGACCACGAGGAUAGUGCCAUGCAGGCUGGUGCCAAGGCCAAGUCCACGGAUAACUACUCUGAGGAGGAGUACGAGAGCUUUUCCUCUGAACAGGAGGCCAGUGAUGAUGCCGUGCAAGGGCAGGAUUUGGAUGAGGAUGACUUUGAUGUGGGGAAGCCCAAGAAGCAGCGGCGAUCGAUAGUAAGAACGACGUCCAUGACCAGGCAACAGAACUUCAAGCAGAAGGUUGUGGCACUGCUACGGAGGUUUAAAGUGUCAGAGGAGGUCCUGGACUCUGAGCAGGACCCUGCAGAACAUGUACCCGAGGCAGAGGAGGACCUGGACCUUCUGUAUGACACACUGGAUGUGGAGAACCCCAGUGACAGUGGCCCCGACAUGGACGAUGACGACAGUGUCCUUAGCACCCCCAAGCCCAAGCUCAGACCAUACUUCGAAGGACUGUCGCACUCCAGCUCGCAGACAGAGAUCGGGAGCAUCCACAGCACCCGGAGCCACAGAGAGCCUCCAAGCCCGGCUGACGUGCCCGAGAAGACGCGGUCCCUGGGAGGUCAGCAGCCGAGUGACAGCAUCUCCGACACGGUGCCUCUUAGUGUGCCAGCCCCACGAGAGCCAGUGGGGCAGCCCGAGGACAGCCCAGAGGCGGAGACCUCUACCCUCGAUGUGUUCACUGAGAAGCUGCCACCCAGCGGGAGGAUCACCAAGACAGAGUCGCUGGUCAUUCCCUCCACCAGGUCUGAGGCAAAGCCAGCAGGCCGCCGGGGCCGGAGCACAUCACUGAAGGAGCGGCAGCCAGCUAGACCACAGAACGAGCGCGCCAACAGCCUGGACAAUGAGCGCUGCCCAGACACACGGAGCCAGCUGCAGAUCCCUAGGAAGACCGUGUAUGACCAGCUGAACCAUAUCCUCAUCUCAGAUGACCAGCUCCCUGAGAACAUCAUUCUUGUCAACACCUCCGACUGGCAGGGGCAGUUCCUCUCGGACGUCUUACAGAGACACACACUCCCCGUGGUGUGCACAUGUUCUGCCGCUGAUGUCCAGGCAGCCUUUAGCACCAUCGUCUCAAGGAUACAGAGAUACUGCAACUGCAAUUCCCAGCCUCCAACCCCCGUGAAGAUCGCUGUGGCCGGAGCACAGCAUUACCUCAGCGCCAUCCUGCGGCUCUUCGUGGAGCAGCUGUCCCACAAGACUCCUGACUGGCUCGGCUACAUGCGCUUCCUCAUCAUCCCACUGGGUUCCCAUCCUGUGGCCAGGUACCUGGGCUCUGUGGACUACCGCUACAACAACUUCUUCCAGGACCUGGCCUGGAGAGACCUGUUCAACAAGCUGGAGGCCCAGAGUGCUGUGCAGGACACACCAGACAUCGUGUCGCGCAUCACACAGUACAUCGCAGGGGCCAACUGUGCCCACCAGCUGCCCAUUGCUGAGGCCAUGCUGACCUACAAGCAGAAGAGCCCUGAUGAAGAGUCCUCCCAGAGGUUCAUUCCCUUUGUUGGGGUCGUGAAGGUUGGAAUUGUGGAACCAUCUUCAGCCACAUCAGGUGACUCAGAUGACGCAGCCCCCUCUGGCUCCAGCGUGCUCUCUUCCACCCCACCAUCCAUGUCCACAUCUCCUGCCGCCAAGGAGGCCUCACCCACCCCACCUUCCUCCCCUUCCGUGAGUGGAGGCUUGUCCUCCCCCAGCCAGGGCAUCGGCGCUGAGCUCAUGGGGCUGCAGGUGGACUACUGGACAGCAGCACAGCCCGCGGACAGGAAGAGAGAUACUGAGAAGAAGGACCUACCCACCACCAAAAACACGCUCAAGUGCACUUUCCGGUCCCUCCAGGUCAGCAGGCUGCCCAGCAGUGGUGAGGCCGCAGCCACACCCACCAUGUCCAUGACCGUGGUCACCAAGGAGAAGAACAAGAAGGUGAUGUUUUUGCCCAAGAAAACGAAGGACAGGGAUGUGGAGUCCAAAAGCCAGUGCAUCGAGGGUAUCAGCCGCCUGAUUUGUACAGCCAAGCACCAGCAGAACAUGCUGCGGGUCCUCAUCGAUGGCGUGGAGUGCAGCGAUGUCAAGUUCUUCCAGCUGGCUGCCCAGUGGUCCUCCCACGUGAAGCACUUCCCCAUCUGCAUCUUCGGACACUCCAAGGCCACCUUUUAGCUCCGCCCACGGAGGGACUGGUGCAGGACAGUGAAGGGGCUCGUGUCCUGCCCUUGGUGGCCACUGCUGGAGGGGUAGCUGCAUUUCUGUUAACACUUGUUUACUACAGAGACAGACAAACACAAAGAAACAGUCUUAAGUACAAAUGUGCUCAGCCUGGAAACUAAGGGGCAGCUAGCUCCCUGCUUGGUGUCAAGUAACGGCUCUGCUUAUUAACCAGGAUGACUGGCCAAGUGGGGAGGCUGGAGAGCUGAGGGAGGUGCGUUCUGGCCUCAGAAGCUCCCAGAGCACCCAAGCAAGAGGGUUUUUGCCUUCACAUCCUGUCCUUCCUGGAAGCCAGGACUCUGCUUCCUUAGGGAAUCUAGGACAGGAGCAGGCCUCAGAACUUGGUGGUCAGAGGCUGAGGGUCAUGGGCACCCUCAGCCUCCUGGCAUGGGACAUCACUUCCCCCAGCACCUCCCAUAGUGGCUCCCAAUAAACUCCAGCCUUAUGGUGGAGGUUUUAUAAUACCAGAUCUUUCUAAUGCUCUCAAAUACAUGUUACAAUGUAGCUGCCAAACAGAUGUUGCACUCAUGUCCCCUUGGGGCAGGACAGAGCCACUGGGCCCCACCCACUUGCCUCACCCCUUCUGCUCCAGUUCCUGAGACACGACGAGGCUUCUGCGUAUUGUGCUGCCCUAGACUCAGCCUCACAGGCCCAGGCAGUCCCUGCAAAUGUUCCAGUGUCUGGCCUUCGAAAUGGGAGACGCGGCUGGGAUCUAUCUGAGGUCUGCUCUGCCUUGCCCUCCCACCCCUACCCUGCCUGCUGGACAGGAGCAUCCAGAACUGACCACGUGGGUAUCUAGGUUGAUGUCAGGAUAUCCUAAUACCAUAGAUAUCGGGACUGUGAUGAACUUGGGGACAGGGAACUGGGUAUAUAUGUGGUACCUGCAGCAACAAUGUGGCCAAUGAAGUUUCCAGCAGACUGGCCUGUCAGGCAGAGGCCAGACACCCCUGCAGGGCUGGGGCUCCUCCAGGCCAAGCUCCUUCUCAGAGACCACAUUUGGGGUCCAUCCUAGAUGGCAGCCCUGCCCUCUGCCUUCCCAUCCAUCAGGAGAGGGGCAUGCUGACCUGUAGCCAGGGUUGUCCACGAGACCCAUAGGGAGGGCACUGCCUCUGUCCACUUCUCAAGAAGAGCCCUACUCCCUGGGGCCUUCAUAAGAAGAGCACACCCAGCUCCUGCCCCCUUGGAAGCUGUGGCCCUCCAAGGGACCCUAGUGCCCCUCCCCCACCCCAGCCAGGAGCUCUGGGCCUGGUGUCCUAAGAUAGCUGCACAAGGCUAUGCUCAGAAAACUGCCAAACGCAGGGUAGGCCAAGUCACAGAGGAGUCCCCACCUUCCUUAGGGUGAGAGAUGGCCCAUUUUUCUUACCUGUAAUCUACCUGCUUACCUGCCUCCACUCCCUGUAGCUGAACAUGGCCUAUUUUCCAGGGUGAGGACCUUGGGGCCAGUGCUGGGAUCUGGGUUUGGCUCUCUGAUUAUAGGUCUUUUGAACGGCCUGUGAGAAUGCCUAUCAGAGGCACUGCUAAAAUAUGCCUGAGGCACUGCCUGGGAAAGACCCCUCUGGACCCUGAGAAGGGGCCUGAGUAGGGCAUCAGGCCACUAUGACUCCUGAGGCUUCAGACCAUUUGACUUGCCUGUCCAGUUUCUUCCCAGAGGUCAUCCUUGAUAAAGAUUUGACUAAGCUUUCUAGCCUCAAAGCCACGGGGGGAGGGGGGGGUCUAGUUCCUGGCUAUAGGCAGUCCCUUUCCAGGAGACCUUCAUGGCUCUAACUUUGCACACACAAGGGGAGGGCAUGAGCAGAGCUUCUGUCCAGCAGCUGGUCUCAGGCCUGGCCUAUGGAGCCCAAUAGCUGAGCAUCAUGUAUCCACCACCAUAGGCUCUAUGCCAGGGAGGUGGUGCCAAGACCUGGGCUUCAGUCAGUCACCCCCUCCCAGCCUCAGUUUGCCCAUCAGUUAGAGGGAUGGUCACAUUUCCCCCUGCCUACCUCAUGGAGUUGUUUUGAGGAUUAAUGGAAAAGCACUUUGUCCCCUCAAAGGAUGACUAGAAGCCAAAGCCAUCUGACAUACCAGAGUGGCCCUGAGGACAGUGGAGAGUGGAUGUGUGGUGGGUGUGUCCCUCAGGCCUCAGCCCUGGGGCAUCCCCCUUAGAAAUGGGCUUAGCUUUGCCAGUCUUAAGAGGUUAUGCUAGUAACUGCUGGGCAACACCAGGCUCCUCUUGGGCCUGACUGCACUGUCCCUGUGGUGUAGGGACCACUCUCAUCCUUGCCAGGUGGGGACCUGCCUCCUUCCUUCUCCAGGUUGGCCCCCUCACCACUGUCUCCUUUGGGCAUGCAGGCCAGUGCCCUGGGCCAGUACAUCGGCCACAGCUGGCAGAAGAGCAGGCCCCUGGGCUCUGUACAGGGCCGCGCCCUUGCCACGCUGUCCUCACUCCCAAUGGAAGACCUGACCGCCUCUAGCCUCCGUCCUCCAAUGAAUGCCUCAUGAGAAUGUCCCGGCACUUCCUCCCGGGCCAGGCCUCCGGACCCUCUGUGCUCUCAAACCCCCUCGUCCUCCGAACUCCUUCAGACUGCCCUGUCCUGGUGAGGGGCCAGCAGGGACUGAUGGCAGGGCUUGGGGUGGGAGGGCCCCUCCGUUUCUGCAGACGCCGUCUGUGCGUUGUGACUGUUUGGUUUCUAGGGUGUGUGUUGCUAGUUAUUUUUUUUUUAAUGGAAAGCAGGAUUAAUGUAAAUAGCUUUUCGGGGAACAGAUGCUAAUCUGUCCCAUGUGACUACGUGGACGACUUUAAGGUGCUGAAGCGACACUAAUAAACUGAGGGCACUCCCGCCUCCCGCUGCUGUGGUUCCUCUUGCUGUGUUGGGGUGCUGCGAAAAACCUAGG